AUGGCGGAGGAGCUGGCGGAGCGGCUGGGCCGACGGUUGGGGAUGCGGGAAGGGGAUGCGGAGCAGCAACAGCAGCAGCAGCAGCAGCAGGAUGCGGAGCCCACCCCGGUGCCCCCUGGCAGCCCAGCGAUGCGGGCGGUGGGCAGCGAAGGUUCGCCCGGGGGCGGCCGGAGGCUCUUCAGCCCCGCGGCGGAGUUCCGUGAGUUCUCCCGGCGGCAGCUCCGUGACAUGGAAAGACUCUUCCGACAGUAUGACGCAGGGAAGGAUGGCUUCAUCGACCUGAUGGAGCUGAAGCUGAUGAUGGAGAAGCUGGGAGCGCCGCAGACCCACCUGGGCCUGAAGAACAUGAUCAAGGAGGUGGACGAGGACCUGGACAGCAAGCUGAGUUUCCGUGAGUUCCUGCUGAUUUUCCGCAAGGCAGCAGCAGGUGAGCUGCAGGAGGACAGUGGGCUGCAUGCACUGGCACGGCUCUCCGAGAUUGACGUCUCAACGGAGGGCGUGAAGGGAGCCAAGAGCUUCUUCGAGGCCAAGGCACAGGCGGUCACCGAGGGCAGCCGCUUCGAGGAGGAGAUCCGUGCAGAGCAGGAGGAGAAGAGGAGGCAGGCGGAGGAGAUGAAGCAGCGCAAGGCAGCCUUCAAGGAGCUGCAGUCAGCAUUUGCUCAAUGACCACGGCACGUGGAAGGAGCCACGCCACGCCGUCACCAUUCCCUGCGUGUCAUCAUGCCCACGACUCGUGCCAAGCUGGUGGCAGCUGUCCCUGUGCUUGGUGCCACGGAGCAGGCGGGUGCGCCCAUCCCACUGCACCCAACGUUGGGUUGGAGGUGGCCUUGGCUCCCCUUGGGCUGCUGGCUUAUUUUGGUGAAAGACGUCCAUAAAGGCCACCGAGGGGAGAGAAGCUUUAUUUUUUGUCUGUCUGUCUUCUAAGCACCCCAAGGGACGGCGUCUCACCUGCUGUCCCUGCAGCAGUGGUUGUGCCGAUGACUGUGAUGUCCCACAAAGGUGUUGUCUCAACAGCUGCUUCCAUUCUGUCGUAUGGAUGUGUUGUUUGCCGUGUUGUUUUCUUUCUUUUUUCUUUUUAAAUCCCAAAUAAAUAUUAUAUUUCCUAA